AUGAUGUCCUUUGCGCAGUUCAAGCGCGAGGCCAACUGGUUCAUGGUCUACUACCUCUCGAUCGUCCACCUCGGCGCGCUCGAGGGUCUGCGUCGACUCCCGAGCUGCCAGUACCAGACCUUCCCGCUCUUUGUCGUGCUCUACUACUUCACGGGCCUCGGCAUCACUAUGGGCGCGCACCGCCUGUGGGCCCACCGGAGCUACAAAGCCCACGGCCUCUUGCGCUUCGGCCUCAUGCUGUGCAACUGCAUGGCCAACCAGGGCACGAUCUUCCACUGGAGCCGCGACCACCGCGUGCACCACAAGUACUCGGACACAGUGGCCGAUCCGCACGACUCGCACCGCGGCUUCUUCUUCUCGCACAUGGGCUGGCUGCUCGUCAAGAAGGACCCGCGCGUGCUCGAGGCCGGCACGAAGCUCAACUACACGGACCUCUGGGCCGACUGGACCGUCGUCAUGCAGGAGAAGCUCAACCCGUACGGGAACCUCUUCAUGUGCUUUGUCGUGCCGACGCUCGUGGGCGUCCACGUCGCGGGCGAAGACUGGCGCCACGCGCUCUUCGUGCUCGGCUUCCUCCGCUACGUGCUCGUGCUGCACGCCACGUGGCUCGUGAACAGCGCCGCGCACUUUUACGGCGCGCAGCCCUACGACGCGAUCCCGCCACGCGAAAACGGCUUUGUCGCGUUCUGGGCCAUGGGCGAGGGCUGGCACAACUGGCACCACAAGUUCCCGUACGACUACGCCACGAGCGAGUUCGGCGUCACGGCGCAGUUCAACCCGACGAAGCUCACGAUCGACCUGCUGGCGGCCGUGGGCCUCGUGUCGGACCGCAAGCGCGCGACGGACAUUUGGGGCAAGAUGCAGCGCGCCACGGACAGCGCGGGCGACAAGGUGCAGGACCCGAACGGAGACGACCCCGCGCAGGCGUUCUCCGAACUCAAGGCCAAAGCCAAUUAA